UCCUCAUCCAUCCCCAUCAGCUCGUCCCGCUGCUGUUGCUGUUGCUCACUGCCCGUCUUUCCCCACGACCUUUUCCCCGUCAUCACGGCGUCUCGAUAACGGCCUCACCUCGCCGACCUCGGGCUCGGAUCCUCUCCAAACGGCCUCUCGCUUGGUCCUGGCUUUGUCAAUUUCGGCCGCCUCCAACCCGUCUGUUCAAAUCGCCACCCAAGCGCUUCGCUCCUCACCACCGCCGCUACCCCGCCAUCCCGUCGUCGUCGUCGUCACAAUGGCCUUCCACGGCAUGCUCAACCGCCUUCAGGGCCAACCCGAGAGUUACGAUAAGAAGUCUCUCUACAGAUUCGGUCGAACCCUCGGUGCUGGUACCUAUGGAGUCGUUCGUGAGGCCGACAGUCCCUCUGGCAAGGUUGCCGUCAAGAUCAUCCUGAAGCGCAAUGUCAAGGGUAACGAACAGAUGGUCUACGACGAGUUGGAGAUGCUGCAGAAGCUCAAGCACCCCCACAUUGUCCAGUUUGUCGACUGGUUCGAGUCGAGGGACAAGUUCUACAUCGUAACCCAGCUCGCCACCGGUGGUGAGCUCUUUGAUCGGAUUUGCGAGCAGGGCAAGUUCACUGAAAAGGAUGCCGCCGAGACUAUCAAGCAGGUCCUUAACGCCGUCGACUUCCUUCACACCAACCAGAUUGUCCACAGAGAUCUGAAGCCCGAAAACCUGCUGUACCUCAGCAAGGACCUCGAAUCCGACCUUGUCCUCGCUGAUUUCGGUAUUGCCAAGAUGCUUGACGGCAAGGGCGAGUCCCUCAAGACAAUGGCAGGCUCGUUCGGCUACGCUGCGCCAGAGGUCAUGCGAAAGGAGGGCCACGGCAAGCCCGUUGAUAUGUGGUCUAUGGGUGUCAUCACCUACACCCUGCUCUGCGGCUACUCCCCCUUCCGAAGCGAGACGCUUCAGGACUUGAUCAGGGAGUGCACCGAUGCCACCGUCGUCUUCCAUGAGCGCUACUGGAAGGACGUCAGUGACGACGCCAAGGACUUCAUCCUCCGCCUCAUCAACCCCAACCCCGACGAGCGCUGGACAAGCGAGCAAGCCUUGAACCACAUCUGGCUCAGUGGUAAGAACGCCACCGACCACAACUUGGUGCCCGAGAUCAGGGCCUCCCGCGCUCGUUCCAGACUCAGACGUGCAUUUGCCAAGAUCAGGCUCGCACGACGCAUUCAGAAGCUUCGCGAGCAAGAGGAAGACCCCAUCGACUCAGAUCUGUCCGACCUCUUCCGCGAGGUUGCUCUCGCCAAGAUUAUGGACGAUAAGGAAGAGAAGGAGGUCCAGCAACUCACCGAGAAGGUCGAGAAGGAGACCAAGACUGGCAGCUUCCAGGCUUGAGGCGGUGGCAUUGGUGCGGCGACGCGGCGCGGGGAAUACAUCCAAUCUUGCAGGGUGUGGGAGUUUACGAAGACUGGAAUACACGUGGGGAUAUCCUUCUAAAACUAGGUCUUGUCGAGACUGGGGACUUCUUGGCUGCCCCUGGGAUUUAGUCAGGUGUGCAUGGCAGAUGGCAACUCUGUGGAUAGGUCGCGACGACUAUGCGACUUGGUUGGUUCUCAAUGGUUCAUUGAUUGAAAGUGUUUGUUUCGGACCAGUGCUUUCUGGGAGAAGCCGUGUAGUUCAUUAUCCACCCAAGUGAUUUAAUUCAUAU